ACGUUGCCUUGCUGACGAGCUUUCCACCACCAGUCGAAGGCCUUCAUAGUUUACAUCAACUGUAACUGAUGAUCGCCUCCUCCAACUAUGGCUUCCCUUUGCCUGAAUUCUUUACCUCCUCUCCCUUCUUCUCAUCCCCAGAAGCUUCUAGACCCUUCUUCUUCGUCUUCUUCUUCUUCUCCUCAUCCCUCGCUGAGCACCAAGUGUACGGAUCUUGCUCUGAAGCCCAUUGUCGUCAAUGGCGACCCACCCACGUUCGUAUCUGCCCCUGAUCGUCGUAUUGUCGCAGUUGGAGACCUCCAUGGGGAUCUUGGCAAAGCGAGAGCUGCGCUUCAGAUGGCCGGCGUCUUGAGUUCUGACGACAGAGACCAAUGGAUUGGCGAAGACACUGUAUUAGUUCAGUUGGGAGAUAUCCUCGAUCGUGGUGAUGAAGAGAUCGCGAUACUUUCAUUGUUGAGGUCAUUGGAUUCUCAGGCAAAGGCUAACGGUGGAGCUGUCUUUCAGGUUAAUGGGAACCAUGAGACGAUGAACGUUGAAGGAGAUUUCAGAUAUGUAGAUAUGGGGGCAUAUGAUGAGUGUUCUGAUUUUCUCGAGUACUUGUCUGACUAUGCGCAAGACUGGGACAAAGCAUUUACCAACUGGAUUGUCGAGUCAAGAAAAUGGAAAGAAGAUAGGAGACGAUCCAAAAACCAUUGGGAUCAAUGGAAUGUGGUGAAGAGGCAAAAGGGGGUGAUUGCAAGAUCGAUACUUUUCAGACAAGGUGGCCGGUUAGCAUGCGAAUUGGCCCGUCAUGGUGUUAUGCUGAGGGUUAACAAUUGGGUUUUCUGCCAUGGCGGCCUUCUUCCCCACCACGUCGCUUACGGCUUAGAGAGGAUGAACAAGGAAGUCUCUGAAUGGAUGAGAGGAUUAGGUGACACUGAAGAAGAGAGUCCUGACAUGCCUUUCAUCGCUACCCGGGGCUACGACAGCGUAGUUUGGAGCCGACUCUACUCUAGAGAUGCCUCGGAUCUUGAAGACUAUCAGAUUAACCAGAUAAGUAAAAUUCUCCGGGAAACUCUGGAAGCGGCUGGUGCCAAGGGAAUGGUGGUCGGGCAUACUCCACAGCUCUCGGGCAUUAACUGUGAAUACGAUUGUAGUAUAUGGAGAGUCGAUGUGGGAAUGUCCAGCGGUGUUCUUGAUUCUAGACCUGAGGUUCUUGAAAUAAGAGGGGACAAAGCGAGAGUAAUAAGUAGCAAAAGAGACAGAUUUCAUGAACUACAAGUCGCAGAUUACGUAUAAAAGCUUGAAAGAGUCUCAGAUUUGUAUUUUUCAAAGAUGUAAACUUUACGGUCCGUAUAAUUAAAACAUGAUGGCGGCUCGAGAGACUCCGACAAGAUGUUGUUUCGUAUGUGUAAAAAGUGUCCAUGUCAUGUAGAAUGAUGUCUUAUGUGUUCAUAAUCAUAAGCUUCGUUUUGAA